AUGGCUGCCCUAUUGCUUCUCCCACCUGCUCCAGGCGGCAGCUGUCACCUCGAGGCUCCAGGCAAACCGUUGGGGCCCCUAGGCGAUCGGCCCGUCCCGGGGCUGCUGCGUACAGACAGCCUCAGCCGGGAGGAGCUAGCUGCUGUGCUGAGGGCGGCCGUGGUGGACCAGAAAGGACCCCUAGUGACACUGAACAAGCCACAGGGGCUGCCAGUGACAGGAAAACCAGGAGAGCUGACAUUGCUGUCAGUGCUGCCAGAACUGAGCCAGUCCCUGGGGCUCAGGGAGCAGGAGCUCCAGCUUGUCCGAGCACCUGGGAAGGAGACCUCUGGGCUUGUUCUGCUCUCCAGUUGUCCCCAGACCACAAGCCGCCUCCAGAAGUUCUUUAACCACUCAAGGAGAGCACAGAGACCCACAGCAACCUACUGUGCUGUCACUGAUGGCAUCCCAGCUCCUCCUGAGGGAAAGAUCCAUGUGGCUUUGGCACUGGAACACAUUGAUGGUGUCAGUCUCGUAGUUCCCGUGAAGUCCCCAUCCCGAAAGAACAUCGUGGAAGGUGUCAAGAGGACCCUUAGCCACUUCCGUGUGAUGGCCACAGGCUCUGGCUGUGCCCUGGUCCAGCUACAGCCAGUGACAGUGUUCCCCAAUCAGCUGCAGGUACACAUGAUGCUCCAGCUCUGCCCUGUGCUUGGGGACAGCACCUAUGCUGCUCGCGUGGGCACUGUUCUAGGCCAGCGCUUCCUGUUGCCAGCUGAGAGCCGCAAGCCCCAGAGACAGGUCCUGGAUGAAGUCCUCCUCCGACGCCUGCACUUGACUCCCUCCCAGGCUGCUGAGCUGCCCUUGCACCUUCACCUGCAUUGUCUUCUCCUCCCAGGCACUAGGCCCAGGGAUGCCCCCACCCAGCUUCUGGCACCUUUGCCCCCUUAUUUUUCUAGGACCUUGCAGUGCCUGGGGCUCUGCCCACAGUAGUCCUCCCUCUGUGCCCAAGCUCCCAACUGGAAAGCAGAGGGGAGCACGGGGAAAUGGUCUGUGGCUAGUUCUAGGGAGAACGGGCUCCGUAAUCAGAUCCUGGCUAGGCCACUUUGUGUAGCAUUGGGCCAGUGAUUUCUCUUGGACUUGAAGUAAUAAAACUUACUUCCUCAUAGUCUGGUUUUGAGGUUUUGCUGAGAAAGGAGAUGUUUACCAUGGACUGUAUUUUGCUCAAUUGAGUAUCUUUUAUUUGGCAGUUCUCUUGAAAUUCUGGACAGGAGGAGAUGUUAGGUUUUUUUUUUAAACUGUGGUAAAAUAACAUAAAAUUUACCAUCUUACUCAUCUUUCUUUCCUUCCUUCCCCUCUCCCUCCUUCCCUCUCUGUUAUGGGGUCUCUCUGUGUUGGCCAGCCUGGCUUGUAAUUCCUGGGC